UUAACAUAAGAGUUGAAUAUGAAAUUGACUAGAGGAAAUAAAUAAAGCCUGGCAACUGAAAAUCAUCGUCCCCGAUAGUUGACCCCUAAAAACAUGUCGGGCUGAUUCGCGGGAACGUUUGUUUACAUCCGCACCUCGAGAAAGAAAGAUAAGGCGAUUUUAGUCGUCAGGACGUUUAGACUUGUUUCUUUGUCUUGUACAAUACAACACACCACCUCCCUUCUCUCUCCCACAUUCUCAAAUCAAUUCUUUCCUUCUCACACAAAUUCCCCUCGUAUAUCUAUAUACAUGCGUUAUCUCAGUGCGCGGUUAACGUCCGGCGAGCUUGUCUCUGCACUUUUCUCUCUUCCUUUUAAAAAUUGGUGAAAAACAACAGCGGACGCGCAGAUUCAUGGAGCUUUCAUCCAGAAAAACCUCCAAGCGUGCGAUAGAGCCGGUAGAUGAGUGGUUGCAGAACGAAGGAUAUUAUAGAAAACUUGCACCAAAAGAUUCUACGUGCUUAUUUCGAGCUGUGAGUGAACAGGUGUAUCAAAAUCAAAGAUGUCACAUAAACGUUAGGAAGGAGUGUGUGGAGUUUAUGAAGAAAAAUAGGCAGAUGUUUGAACAGAAAAUAUCGAUACCGUACGAAAGUUACUUAGACCAGAUGGCCUGUUUUACGGAAUGGGGUGGGAUGAACGAAAUUUUAGCUAUGUCCCUGUUGUUUAAAAGAAACGUUAUUAUUUUUCAUGGACAAUUAUUAUCGAGGGAGACUAUAAUCGAUCAUGGCUUUAAAGAUAGCUUGUAUUUCUGUUUUACACCAUUGAAACAAUAUGAAACAGUGUACACUCAAGAAUAUACUGCGAAUGCUGGCUUUUGUCAAUCUCUUGUUUACCAAACAUUAUACAAAAAUGUUUUCAAAAUGAAUAAUGUAGAUAUAACUGUUCAUAAAAUGUUGCACGAACGAUCUAAUAACUUAAGACAUGACAAGUUUUUCCUCAAAGGAAACUUAGAAAUUCGGAAUGAAUUGACUUUAGAAUUGUUAGAUAAAAUCGAUGAUAACGGAGAUAAUGAAGAAUUGCAGCUUCUAUCUAAAGGAAUUACACCAUUUCCUUAUCGUAUAGCGAAAGCUUUAGAUCCUAAUAUUUAUCGUAAUGUCGAUUAUGAUAUUUGGCAUGAAAUUAGACGGGAAGUUAGGAAUUCGGGUUACACCAAAUUUAAUUCGACCGAGCUGCAAGCUGGUGCUAAAUGCUUAGUACAAAUUGACUUAAAGGAAAAUGAUAAGGCUAAUAAUAAUUUUUUGAGUGCUCGAGAGAACUGGGAUAAUAAUUCCAAAUCCGUUACAAAGCCAAAACGCUUGGAACCUUUAUUUUAUACUGGACAUAUUCAGGAAAUGAGCAAAAAUCAAGGACCUGUAGUAGUUUUUAUAGAAGAAUUAGGAGAAAAGAUGACUGUACCGUACGAAACCUUGAAACCCUUUCCACAAAGAAAGGUUAAGCAAAACAAUUGGGCUAUUAGUUCAAAUAAGAAAAAUAUGAUAAAUCAGAAUACAAAAUGGAAAAAGCCUUGGAAUUCAACAAACCGUAGAGUCAAAGAUCAGAUGUCUAAUGACAAUGCUGAGAAGAAUCAAAUGAGUAAUUCCAAAGCUGUUACAAAAAAUAUUAUGAGUAAAUCGGAAUGGAGUACAGAAACGAAUUUAAAAAAUCAUUCUGUAAAAUUACAAAUUGAGAAUUAUACAUCUUAUAAAGAGUAUACCGUUAAUACAUCCGUUGAAAACGUGAGGGCUGCGCUUGAGAAUUCGCAUAUAAAAUCUACUGAGGCGGUAGAGCAAACAGUCGCUGACAAAAAAAUUCAAAAAUCCGGUGUAAAUAUCAAUACAUGCGACAAUACACCGAAAAAACAAUCAGUUGCAAACUUUAACAAUGAAGCGAAGCAAACAAAUAAGCAAAAUAAUCAGCAUACAGAAAAGAAUGAGAUAUUUUAUCCCACUUAUUCAAAUCAUACUUAUUCUCCAAAUUCUCGUUUUUCUGGAGACUCAGAAAUUAAAUAUGAUUUAGUAAAAUAUUCAGAUAUUGAAAACAAUGGUAUACCAUAUUCAGAUCCUGCUACGGUACGACAUUUUUUUAACUUAGGAGUCAAGUAUUUUUGGUCUCAAAAUAUGUGGGCUAAUGGAAGUAAUGGCCAAUCGUUUGCUGAUAAUUCAUAUUAUAUAUCUCAACUUCCGCCUGAUGUGAACUCUAACACCAAUAUUAUGAUUGGUCCAAUUUCAAACGAUGAGAGCAUUAGUCAAACCAACAGUACUUCAAAUAACAACUUACGACACAACAAUCGGUCGUCUCCUGUCCGACAUAGAGAUACGGAAAUUGUUAACGUUAACGGCACAAGAACAGGUGGACAAAAGUCUAAUUACCGCAAUUCUGAGUUUAACAACUUUUCGACGUCGCGUGAUUCACAUCAGUCGUCAAGCGUUGACAGAAAUCGAAAUGAAUAUAAAAAUACGAAUUCUAGUGAACAACAACAACAACAUCAACAGCAACAAUCGCAGCAGCAUCAAUCUUCAAUUCCCAAUAAUAAAGAGGCGCAACGAAUAAACAAAUCAAAUGGUGUGGCACCGCGUUUUAAAAGAAAUUAUGAGGGAAGAAAUCGCAAUGAUCAUCACAAUGCUCAGCAUCAAUAUCGUCAACAUCAGCAACAUCAACAGCAGCAACAACAUCAACAAGACUAUGAGUUCCGAUGUAGUAAGAAGCCAGCCGAGGCUCCGAUAAUUACGAAUCAGUGCGAAAUUAACGAAGUUACUCAGAUGCAGCAGCAAACUUCAAUACAUCAGCAACAGCAGCAGCAACAACAACAACAACAACAACAACAACAGCAGCAACAACAGCCACCGAUACUCCAACCACAAACAUCGCCUACUUUAAACAAUUCGUAUUCCUAUCCAUUGCCGUACAAUCAACAAAUACCGUACAUACCGCUUGGACCAUACCCAUCCGAAUCUGAAGCAUUUCCAGGCCACUACUACACGGUCCCGCCUGGCUUCAUGCAAGUCCCUUAUUUGGCCCCGACCGAGCUUUCGGAGACCGGGAACCUGGGGGCCGGUGCCUGCGGCGUGCCACCGCAAAUCUACUCGCAAAUGGAGAGCUUUCCGGCCCAGUAUCCGCCUGUCUACCCGCAGUACGUCUACCACCCGCCAACGAUCUAUCCGAACCAGGCCCCGGCCCCCGCCAUCCCCGACAACUGCUAUCCGCCCUAUCAGGGCCAGUCGUACUUCUUUCCUUACCCGCCUCCGCCUCCGCCGCCGCCACCGCCGCCGCCGCCGCCGCCCCCGACCACGAUGCUGCCGAACAUGGGACCUGCAAAUCCGCAGAAUCCGCAGAGCGCACCGUCCCACUAA